AUGAAUUCCCCCUUUGAACAAGUUCCGAAGGUUGUCAAUAAGAAGAAUUACUACACUGAGUUCUUGAAACGCGAUGAGCAGUUUCUUGCAUUCCGCCUCCAGGGCGAGGAGAAUCGCAAUCGCAUGAUCAAGGCUGCACGCGACAAGGACCGCGCCAUGGCCCAGGCAGCUUCUAAUGGAGUAUCAGCCGAUGCUGCGCAAGCUGAGAUGGACGAAGACGCUGCUGAGGAUGAAGCUGCUGAAGCCGAAUCCUUUGGCUCAAGGACAAUUGUCAUCCACCCAGGCAGUCGCAACCUACGUAUCGGUCUUGCAACAGACGCUCUACCCAAAACCAUCCCCAUGGUGAUCGCACGUAAAGCUUCGCAUGCCGAAGACGAGGAAUCUAAUGCUGAACCGCGACCAAAAAGAGUCAAGAUGCAGGACGGUAGUCCGGAGCCUGCCGGUGAGAGCGCAUUCGGUGACGACUUCGCGAAAGAAUACAGUAACAUGGCAGCUGACUUCAAGAUCUACCGUCGUAAUAACAAACGCCGAGUCUUGCCUAACUCACGCGAACUUGUUGUCAACUGGAACUCGCGCAAUGCUCCGGAAACCAUCUCUGAACACAAUGAUCCUCAACGUGUCGACUGGACAGAAAUUGAUUCACCAGCACCCGAAUACUUUACCGGACAUGCGGCUAUGCGGAUACCGCAACAUUCGAAGCCUCGGUACAGGCUCUAUUGGCCACUCAAGUAUGGUUGGCUCAAUGAACAAGAUUACUCGAGCAAGUCUGUCUUGCUUCGCGAUUUUUUCCGCAUCAUCGAGGAAGCCAUCAAGAACGAGCUUCAUCUGAACCGCAAGCGAGACUGGACACAGUACUCCUGCGUGUUUGUAAUCCCCGACUUGUAUGAGAAAGUGUUUGUGACCUCCAUCCUGGAAGAGAUGUUCCGCGAUUUUGGCUUUCAGCGAGUCUGUUUCAUUCAAGAAAGUUUGGCAGCAACGUUCGGAGCUGGGUACUCGAGCAGCUGCAUCGUCGAUGUUGGUGCGCAGAAGACAUCGAUUUGCUGCGUCGAGGAAGGCAUGUGCGUCGAGAACUCACGCAUGAACCUGAAGUUUGGUGGAGAGGAUGUUACCGAGACUUUCACCAAAAUGAUGCUGUUUGACCACUUCAAUUACGCCGACAUGGAUCUUCUGAAGAGACAUGACUACCUACUGGCAGAGGAAUUGAAGCAGAAAUUCUGCACGCUCGAAGAUGCACAUAUCAGUGUGCAGCUUUACGAAUUCCAUCUGCGUGCAUUCGGCCAAGACACUCGCAAAUACCAAUUCAAAACUUAUGAUGAAGUCAUGCUGGCACCGAUGGGCUUCUUUAGACCAACAAUCUUUGAUCACGCAGACAAGCUCACUGGCAGACGCAAGCUCAUUGGUAGAUCGACCGACACAUACGAUGACAAGCCCAACGAUCCCCUGUCGUUAGCUCAACUACAGGUUUACAAGUACUCAUCUGACAACGUUCCGUUGGCCAUAGCAGAAUCGUCGAAUACACCGGCCCCUAGCGGUGUACCAGCAACACCAAGCAAACCUCUCAAUCUUGACCGUCUGACACAUCUUGCCGACAUCGCCGAAAGCACACCUCGUUCAUCACCAGCAGGGUCGCCUGCUCCCGAAGACACUGCAACUCCAGUACCAGGAGCCGGAGACGCAACGCCAGCUGUCGUGGGUGCUGGAAUUGAAGGCGCACAGCCAGACACGGAGAAUGUGCUGCCCAUCAUGCCACUGGAUCAAGCAAUCGUCACUUGUAUUACCGAAGGUGCCAAGGGCGACGAGAAGAAGACACGUGACUUCUUCGGCGGUAUCAUGGUGAUUGGCGGCGGCAGCAAGACAUACAACUUCAAUGUCUAUCUCGAGCAGAGACUCCGCGCAUUGCAACCCAACUUCCAAAAGGAAAUCUUGGUCGGACCCCCACCUAGAGAGCUUGACCCUCAGGUUCUGGUGUGGAAAGGUGGCAGUGUGUUUGGCAAGAUGAGAGGUACGAAUGACAGCUGGAUUGGACAACUAGAGUUCGACAGACUCGGUGCCAGAAUCUUGAACCAGAAGUGCAUGUGGGCAUAUUAG